AUGGUUACCUACACCGAAAUCAAAGCUUCCAACUCUCUCAUCAACGAUGCCACAGCCCCGAGCGUCGCCGUCUUUAUCGGCGGCACGUCAGGCAUCGGAAAACUUACAGUCAAAGCCCUGGUCGCGACCGGUUCUAGCGUCAGAAUCUACUUGAUUGGCCGCAAGAGUUCCGAAGAGCGAUCGCGUGCUUUCAUUGAGGAGCUGCGUGUCGUCAAUCCCAAGGCUGAAGUCAUUUGGACUGAGGGUGAUGUCUCGUUACUUGCCGAAACCAAGAGGUUAUGCGAGGUUAUCAAGAAUAAAGAAUCACGCAUCGACUUGAUGUUCCUUACACCUGGUUACGCACCAUUUGGCGCUCGUGAGGAGACAUCCGAGGGCUUGGAAAUCGUCCAGAGUUUGGCCUACUACUCGCGCAUGCUCUUCAUCCUCCAUUUUCUUCCCCUCCUCCGCGAAGCCGAAGCCCCAAGAGUCGUCAGCGUCCUUGGAGGCGGUCUAGAAACGAAGUCCCUGGAACUCGACGACAUUGAACUCAAGAAGCCCAAGAAUUUCGGCCCCGGAAAGGUUCAGCUUCAAGUCCUCACCAUGAACACCAUGACGCUUGAUAAGCUUGCCGCUGAAAACCCUGACGUGACCUUCAUCCACUCUUGGCCUGGAUGGGUCAACACAGGAAACGUGAACAGGGGUGUUGACCAGGGCACUUUCAUGUCCUGGUUCGUCUGGCUCAUCCUCGAGCCUCUCAUCUCUCUUUUCUCGUUCAGCGACGAAGAGUCUGCACAGAGGCACUUGUUCCAGAGUACCAGUGCUGCUUUUGGUGGUCGUGGAGUGCCAUGGACUGGAAAGCAGGGUGUGAACUCGCUGGAGAAGCAGGAGAACGGGUUGUUCAUCGUCAACUACAAGUGUGAUUGCACUCCGCAUGCCAAGGUCGUGUCGGUACUCCGAGAGAAGGCGCAGAAGCGGGUUUGGGACCACACACAGGAAGUACUUGGGCCAUACCUGUAA